UCGUCUCUCUCGCCGAUCUACCUCUCCGCUUUCGUCUCUGUUUGCAGAUCUUCCUUUUUUAAUCUGUUGAAGUCUGCAGAGAUGAACUCCUUGGUUGCGACCAGCAGAAACUUUCGCCAGGCGGCGAGAAUCCUUGGUCUCGACGCUAAGCUCGAGAAGAGUCUUUUGAUUCCUUUUCGGGAGAUCAAAGUGGAGUGUACGAUUCCGAAAGAUGAUGGUACUUUGGCUUCGUUUGUUGGAUUUAGGGUUCAACAUGAUAAUGCCCGUGGCCCGAUGAAGGGCGGGAUUCGAUAUCACCCAGAGGUUGAUCCAGAUGAGGUAAAUGCUCUUGCUCAGCUUAUGACAUGGAAAACAGCUGUUGCAGACAUACCAUAUGGCGGAGCAAAGGGUGGGAUUGGUUGCAAUCCUGAUGAUUUAACCAAAAGCGAACUGGAACGCCUCACCCGUGUGUUUACUCAAAAAAUUCACGAUUUAAUUGGAUCUCACGCUGAUGUUCCAGCUCCAGAUAUGGGAACUAAUGCACAGACUAUGGCGUGGAUAUUGGAUGAGUACUCCAAAUUUCAUGGUCACUCCCCAGCUGUUGUUACGGGAAAGCCAAUAGAUCUUGGUGGUUCACUGGGCAGGGAUGCUGCUACUGGACGCGGAGUUGUUUUCGCUACUGAGGCUCUGUUGGCUGAACAUGGGAAAUCCAUCAAAGGAUUGACAUUUGUUAUACAGGGAUUUGGCAACGUCGGUUCAUGGGCUGCAAAAUUCAUUCAUGAGAGUGGUGGAAAGAUCAUUGCUAUCAGUGAUGUAUCUGGAGCAAUAAAAAACCCUAGCGGCAUAAAUAUUGAAGAUCUACAGAAUCACAUAUCUUCCGGUGGGGUUUUGAAAGAUUUCAAUGGUGGAGAUGCCAUGGAUUCCAAUGAGUUACUUACACAUGAAUGUGAUGUUCUCAUUCCUUGUGCCUUGGGUGGAGUCCUCAACAGGGAAAAUGCUGCUGCUGUGAAGGCCAAAUACAUAAUUGAAGCUGCGAAUCAUCCCACUGAUCCUGAAGCAGAUGAUAUAUUUGCAGAGAAAGGAGUGCUAGUACUGCCUGAUAUCUAUGCCAAUGCAGGCGGUGUAACCGUGAGCUACUUCGAGUGGGUUCAGAAUAUUCAAGGAUUCUUGUGGGAUGAAGAGAAGGUGAACACUGAGCUCAAGAGAUACAUGCUGACUGCUUUCAAGAACAUCAAGGGGAUGUGUAAAUCUCAUGAUUGCAAUCUUAGGAUGGGGGCCUUCACUUUGGGGGUGAAUCGAGUCGCCCGAGCCACAGCUUUGCGUGGAUGGGAGGCUUAGGAGAAUGAUGAUUAGCUUCUAUAUUUAUUGGUCAUAGAGUUAUGAAUCACCAAGUCAAGCGGCAUUUGUUUUGGAGUUCAUGUAUGUUUAAUAACUAGUUAAGUGCUUGUAAUCCAUCAUUGGAGUGUUGAAUGAGCUAAAAAGCUUAUGAAUGUUGCCUAUUUAAGGCCAUGUUUGGUUUAGGUUUUUUUU